GCAGCCAUGUCUCUAGUGAUCCCUGAGAAGUUCCAGCACAUUUUGCGAGUACUCAACACCAACAUCGAUGGGCGUUGGAAAACAGCCUUUGCCAUCACUGCCAUUAAGGGUGUGGGACGAAGGUAUGCUCAAGUGGUGUUGAGGAAGGCAGACGUCAACCUCCCCAAGAGGGCAGGAGAGCUCACUGAGGAUGAGGUGGAAUGUGUGAUCACCAUUAGGGAGAAUCCACGUCAGUAUAAGAUCGCAGACUGGUUCUUGAACAGACAGAAGGAUGUCAAGGAUGGAAAAUACAGCCAGGUCCUGGCCAACGGUCUAGACAAUAAGCUCUGUGAAGAUUUGGAGCAACUGGAGAAGAUUCAGGCCCACAAAGGGUUGCGCCACUUCUGGGGCCUUCGUGUCUGA